UGUCAGGACCAAGCAACACCAAAGAGAGCAUCUCAGACACAAGCAAUGGAACGAUGAGAACAAGUCAGACCGAAGCACAAAUGAUCAGAGAAGGUCGGUAGCGGCCGCCAUGUGUAUUUAAGGAGACUGGAGUUGAGAUUCGAAAACAUCCCUGCCCGGCACACAUUUUCUUACUCAAGUACCCUUUCAAGAUGCACAUUUCAAGCUUAACUGUAGUUACGACCCUUUUUGUGGGCAUUGUUUUUGCAAGCCACACCUCACAAAGCUCAGUUUCCAGGCUCACCCGGCGAGACCGUGACAAUAAUCACAAUCCCUUCGCCAACAUGUACAUUAUGAAGGAUAAGCUAGAGUAUUCACAAGAUGGCUUGCUGGUCUAUUAUCCCAAUGGUUCGAUUGCCUACAUAUUUGAUAAAUCUGUCCGAGAUAUUCGCCAGGGGAUGUCUUCAGUGGUUCUGAGAAAUCAAUACCACCAGCCUUUGCUGACCCUUAACUCGCAAGACGACAUUUGCUUUAGCAAAACACACUACGUUGAGACCAACGGCUCUGAAUCGCAUCACAUGUUUGAAAUCGAUCCUCGCGGUCCAAAGGCCGACGUGUACAAUUUUCGGUAUAUAACACCGGAGGGCGAGGAGAUCAUCUACCGCUACGAGAGGAACUAUUUGGAUAGAGGAGGAAAGAUUUACGAGUCUAGGAAAGGUAAGGAGGAUGCGUAUGUGGGCUUGCUGGAAAGGCAAUACCGCUGGGAAGCCUGGCUAAAGCCUGGAGCGCAAGGAGCUCGUACUUUCACCCUGUCUUGUACCGCCACUUCACCCCAGGUUGAAAUGGUGACUUUGAUGGGCUUGGUUUUAACCCGAACCGAUGCUUGCAAGCUUUAAAAUUGCCAACCAUCUUGGGAGGAAGCAUUCAUACAUUACAUACCCCUAUUCCCACCCAACGGGUUUCCUACAAAACUCGAGAAAAAUAUUGCCUUCCUUGUUACAAUCUAACUUCAACAAAAUAUGAUUCAAUUGGUCAAUGCAGAUAUGCAUCAUUUUGGGUAUCAAGUCAAAAACAAAUUGUGUUUGGUUUUCUCUUUGAAAUAAAAUGACAUUGGAUAUGUGAUUCAA